AUGCAUCACAGCACUUCUAUGCGAAGGACCCUACGUGCGGGCUUGCUCCUGCUCGGGCUGGUGGCCCUGCUGGCCGGCAUGACCGCCGGCCAGCACCACCCCGCCGCGGCCAUGGGCGUCCUGAGUGGCCAUGCCAAGGGCAGCAGCCCCGAUGAUCUGGUCGCUCAGAUUGCCACGCACCAGCAGCAGGCCUUCCUCAUGGCCGCCAGCGGGGCCGAUCAGCCGGAUGGCAUUCCCCCCCCGGCGGCCGGUGGCCAGCCGGAGGGCUGCCAAGCGCGCGGCCCCCGAGCCGAUGCCACCGGGCCCGGGGCCGACACAACCGGGCCCCUGCUGGCUGCCGGGCGCCUGGCGCUGCUUCCCCUGCUGGCCAUGGCGCGCUUUGUGGGGAACUUCUCCCGGACCUUCGUGGACUCCCUGUCGCAGGCCCUCUCCUCCUAUGUGUUCGCCUCGUCACUGGCCCUGACCCUGGCCGGGAUUACCACCGCCGCGGCCACCACCGCCCUCGGGUCCAUCAUGCAAUGGGCCAAGCGCACCUCGCUGGCACUGAUGGCCCGCGGCACCGCGGCCACGGUGCGCGUCAAUCGCGGGACCCUCUACUACGGGCCCCUGGUGACCUGGCUCUCGCACCAUGGCCACACCCAGGCCCGGCGCUUCCACUACGAGCCGGCCGUCAUGGGCGGCGGACCCGGGGGCGCCGGCCCGGUCGGGCCGCCGGGGUCGGCCUCAUCGCGCGGCGGCCGCCCCCAAGCCCGGACCCUGGCCGGCGAUGUGACCAGCGUGACAUUGGUCAGUGUGGCGCACACGCGCGAGACCUUCCGCGUGUGGCACGAGGGGACCCUCUUCUGGGUGAGCGUCCCGCCGGGGAUCCAGUGCGCCCCGACGGCGGCCCUGAUCGACAGCCAGUCGCCGCAAGUGGCCACCGGCCCCGGGGAUGGCGGUGGCGGCGGCUCCCAUCGGGCCCGGCCCGGGCUGGGAUUCAGCAUGCCCGGCGGGCAGCCGCCCCUCGGGGUGGCGGACAUCGGGCCGACACCGGCCCGGGACAACUUCGCCCUGGGGCCGGAUGGCGGGUCGGCCGGUGGCCCGGGCGGCAUCGGCGGCCCGGGCGGCGGGUCGGCCUCGCUCGAGGGCACGGCGGCCAUCGAGCUCCGGGCCUUGCGCUUUGACGGGCGCGCGGCCCAUGCUGCCCGGUCAUUGCUGGCCGAGGCAUGGCGCCUGCAUGCCGGCCUCUUCCGGGAUACCCUGCCCUUGGUGGAGAUCUAUGUGGCCCGGUCGUUGGGGGGCCAGGUGACCGGGCCGUCGCCGGCCGGCAGCGCGCACCAGCGCCGCGCGGUCAACACCGUGUGGGACUGCCUCGGCCGCCGGCGCCCCCGGUCGCCGGAGUCUUUGCACCUGCCGCGGCGCAUCUUCGCCGGGCUGGUGGAGAAUGCCCAGCGCUUCCUGGCCGAUGGCGAGUGGUAUGCCGCUUGCGGUACCAGCACCAUCAUGGCCUUUGCCUCGGUCAUGCGGCUGCCCAUCUGCAUCUUGAACUUGAAUGCCUGUGGCUUUGGCCAGGAUGGCUCCGACGCCGGGGGCGACCUGACACGGCUGCUGUCCUCGGCUCCGGAGCACUCGAUCCUGGUGAUCGAGGACAUUGACGCGGCCAUGCGCGAUGCCACGGUGGAGGAUGACCCGGCCACGGGCGGGGCGGCCACUCCCGGCGGCAUGCCCGGCCCCGGGGCCGAUGCCCAAGAGACGACCCCCAUGCCGGCGGUUCGCCGCCGCCGGCCAGACCCAGGGUCCGGCUCGCGGCUGGUCCUGUCGGAUCUGCUCAAUGCCCUGGAUGGCCUGGCCGCGCCGGAGGGCCGCAUCGUCUUCAUGACCACCAACCACUUCGAGCGCCUGGACCCGGCCCUCGUGCGCCCGGGGCGCGUGGACAAUGUCAUUGUCUUUGAGCAUGCCCGGCGGUCGCAAAUCCGCAAGAUGUUCCGGUGGUUCUAUGCCGGGCGUCGGGCCGAGCUGCCGGUCCCGGUGGAUGCCGGCACCCGGAUGGCCGCCCCCCCGGCCAGCGGCGCGGAAUCCGACUCGGACUCCGACAUGUCGGCCAUCGGCGAGCUGCCCGGCAUCCUGGAGGUGUAUGCCUCGGACAGUGAAGAUUCCGACUCCGAGGCCGAGGCCGAGGAGGAAGAGGACCAGGUGCCGGGGGGCGACGAGGCCCGACCUGUCCGGCGGUCGGCCGCCGCGGCCGGCGGCCGGACUUCCCGGCCGGACCGCACGCGCCCCACCCAGCAGGGUCUCCUCUCGCAGGAGGAGCUGACCACCCUGGCCGGGCGCUUUGCCCGGGCUCUCCCCAGCCGGCGCCUGUCCAUGGCCACGGUGCAGGGGUUCCUGCUGGACUACCGCGGCCGGCCGUACGAGGCCGUGCGUCGGGUGCACCUGCUGGCGGCCAAGGCCUCGCCGGCGGGGCCCCAUCACCGGGCCCUGCCGAGUGCCGGGCGCCGCCCCACCGAGCGCCUUGAUGCCGGCCUCCUCCAAGUGGACGACGACUUGGACAACUGA